CCCCCCCUCCCCUCCCCUCCCGUCCCGCUCCGGGUCCCGGCUGGGCCCGUCCCGGCGGCGCCCGCCCCGCCCCCGCCCCCGCCCCCCCCGGCGCGGGCAGCCAAGAUGGCGGCGCUGAGCGGCGGCGGCGCUGAGGGGGCCGCGCUCUUCAACGGCGACGCCGACCCCGAGCCCCCCGCGGCCGCGGCCGCUGCCCUCGCCGCCUGCUACGGCGCGGGGGGAGGCGGGGACCCGGCCAUCCCCGAGGAGGUGUGGAAUAUCAAACAGAUGAUUAAAUUAACACAAGAACAUAUAGAAGCAUUGCUAGACAAGUUUGGAGGAGAGCAUAACCCACCAUCAAUAUAUUUAGAGGCCUAUGAAGAGUACACCAGCAAACUAGAUGCCCUACAGCAGAGAGAACAGCAGUUAUUGGAAUCCAUGGGGAAUGGAACUGAUUUCUCUGUCUCCAGUUCAGCUUCAACAGACACAGUUGCAUCAUCUUCCUCCUCUAGCCUCUCAGUAGCAACUUCAUCCCUUUCAGUUUAUCAAAACCCUACUGAUAUGUCACGGAAUAACCCUAAGUCUCCACAGAAGCCUAUUGUUAGAGUCUUCCUGCCCAACAAGCAAAGGACUGUGGUUCCAGCAAGAUGCGGGGUGACGGUCCGAGACAGCCUAAAGAAAGCUCUGAUGAUGCGAGGUCUCAUUCCAGAAUGCUGUGCUGUUUACAGAAUACAAGAUGGAGAGAAGAAGCCAAUUGGCUGGGACACUGACAUUUCCUGGCUCACGGGAGAGGAGUUGCACGUGGAAGUCUUGGAGAAUGUGCCACUCACGACACACAAUUUUGUACGAAAAACAUUCUUCACGUUAGCAUUCUGCGACUUCUGUCGAAAGCUGCUUUUCCAGGGAUUCCGAUGUCAGACAUGUGGCUAUAAAUUUCACCAGCGCUGUAGUACAGAAGUGCCACUGAUGUGUGUUAACUAUGAUCAACUUGAUUUGCUGUUUGUCUCCAAGUUCUUUGAACAUCACCCCAUACCGCAGGAGGAGGCCUCCUUAGGAGAGACCACCCCAGCAUCUGGAUCGUACCCUUCAGUGCCCCCCUCAGAUUCUGUUGGACCAUCAAUUCUCCCUAGUCCUUCUCCUUCAAAAUCCAUUCCAAUCCCACAGCCCUUCCGACCAGCAGAUGAAGACCAUCGGAAUCAGUUUGGGCAACGCGACCGAUCCUCUUCAGCUCCCAAUGUUCACAUCAAUACAAUCGAGCCAGUCAAUAUUGAUGACUUGAUUAGAGACCAGGGUGUACGAGGAGAGGGAGGUUCAACUGCAGGUUUGUCUGCAACACCUCCUGCCUCUUUGCCUGGGUCACUCACUAAUGUGAAAGCGUUACAGAAAUCACCAGGACCCCAACGAGAAAGGAAAUCAUCCUCAUCCUCAGAAGACAGAAAUAGAAUGAAAACCCUUGGUCGACGGGAUUCAAGUGAUGAUUGGGAGAUACCAGAUGGACAGAUCACAGUUGGACAAAGGAUAGGAUCUGGAUCAUUUGGAACAGUCUACAAAGGAAAGUGGCAUGGUGAUGUGGCAGUGAAAAUGUUGAAUGUUACAGCACCCACACCUCAACAGUUACAGGCUUUCAAAAAUGAAGUAGGAGUGCUCAGGAAAACACGGCAUGUGAAUAUCCUUCUUUUUAUGGGUUAUUCAACAAAGCCUCAGUUGGCUAUUGUUACCCAAUGGUGUGAGGGGUCAAGUUUAUAUCACCAUCUACACAUCAUUGAGACCAAAUUUGAAAUGAUUAAACUAAUUGAUAUUGCACGACAGACUGCACAAGGCAUGGAUUAUUUGCAUGCCAAGUCAAUCAUCCACAGAGACCUCAAGAGUAAUAAUAUUUUUCUUCAUGAAGACCUCACAGUAAAAAUAGGUGACUUUGGUCUAGCUACAGUGAAAUCACGAUGGAGUGGAUCUCAUCAAUUUGAACAGUUGUCUGGAUCUAUUCUAUGGAUGGCACCAGAAGUUAUAAGGAUGCAAGACAAAAACCCGUACAGUUUUCAGUCGGAUGUGUAUGCGUUUGGAAUUGUUCUUUAUGAACUGAUGACUGGACAGUUACCAUACUCAAACAUCAACAACAGGGACCAGAUAAUUUUUAUGGUGGGACGAGGAUAUCUAUCACCAGACCUCAGCAAAGUACGGAGCAACUGUCCAAAAGCUAUGAAGAGAUUAAUGGCAGAAUGCUUAAAAAAGAAAAGAGACGAGAGACCCCUUUUUCCACAGAUUCUUGCCUCCAUUGAGCUUCUGGCCCGGUCAUUGCCAAAAAUUCACCGCAGUGCAUCUGAGCCGUCGUUAAACCGGGCUGGCUUCCAAACAGAGGAUUUUAGUCUGUAUGCUUGUGCUUCUCCAAAAACACCCAUCCAAGCAGGGGGAUACGGAGAAUUUGCAGCGUUCAAGUAGCCACAGCACCAUGGCAGCACCCACUCUGUUAUUUAAGUCUUGUGUUCCUACAGUUUCUUAACAUCAAAACUCUAUUCUGCUCCGCCGAGCCUAAAGUAAUUUAGAAAAGAUAUCCAUAAGCUUAAAAGUGGAGCAGAAUGGAACUGCCAGUCCAACACAAUGGGAAAAAGUACCUUUUUAGGAACCAGAAUACUCUGCUGCCAGUGUUUCUCCUUCAACACAAAACACCACGUGCAUUCGGAGACCCGCAGUGGCUGCCUGUGCCGUUGGCAUCAUUCCCAGGAGAGAGGAGAGGGCGCUCGUGGUUUGACUUUGGUGCUCGGGCAUGAGGGGAUGGAACUGCUGCUGCAACUUAGGAGACUUGCUUUGGAUGGUCUGCCGGUCGGCUUUCUCCCUCUAACAACGUAUCAUCAGAGGCUGAAUAUCUGAUGAGUGCUAAUUAAAAGAAUCAUCCUCCGUUCUGAUCUCUCUUCCUGGUGUACUCACUGGUUUGUGGACAAUGCAGUAUCCCCUUUUCACUGUGUUACAAUGUCAAACACCUAAUUCUGUCUAAAUCGGGGUUGGUUUAUUCCAGUAAAAUUAAACAGCGUGGGGUGGUGGAAGCUGGAGAAGAUGUUACUCUAAAGGUGAAGAUGUUAAUCUGAAGGAAAAGGGGAUGCUGCUGCACUUUUUUCAGAUUUACUUUAUCACUUCCUCAAAAAACAAAUGACAACCACCAACCUUAACCUUUUCCUUUUCCAGUAUUUUCUUGGUGUGUGCAUAUACAACAUCUUUUAGAAGGGUUCAGUAGAUCCUUCUUUUGUUGGUCCAGCAACAAACAAGUUUUUAAAAAAAAUGUAGCGAGAUUGUCCUUUUUUUUUCUUUUUUUUUUUUUUUUUGGUAUCAUAUGAUACAGUGUAUUUAUCAAAGAUGCUACCGCAGCAUCUGAAGUCUGUAGAAUUCCUGAUACAGACUGUGAACGGUGUAUGUACCUACUUUAAAAGUUUUAUUUUAAACGAGGGUGCAGGUUAAUGCCAGGUACCUUACCAAUAUGUAAUGUUUUCAUAAAUGGGAAAAAAAGUUCUCAGGUUGAAUUGAAUACAAAUACAAAACCCCCUAGAAUUAGACAUUCCGAAAAUUGUUUUGGUACUUUCAACAGCUUUCUUUUUUUUUUUUUUUAAUGAUUUUUAUCCUGUUAACUAAAUGUCCUCUGAUACGUGUGUGUGUAAAUGUGGAGCAUCUUGUCCUAAUGGCAAGCUGUUAGAUCAAAGCAAAACGGUACUUGCUGGAUCCACGCUGACUACUUCUCUCAUUGCUUUCUUCCCUGUGAUCUCCCUCCCUUCCGUUUGUCUUUCCCUUUUGUACACUUUGCAAACUGGGAUGAAGGUGGCGGUAUCUACUUCAGAGUGCUUUGUUUUCCUGUCCUCCAGUCCUGGUUUUCAAAUGGUUGGUAGCUUUUUGACAAGUUACCCAGUCAGGGAAAAAAAAAAAAAAAAAAAAAGGAAAAAAAAAAAAAGCUCAUCAAGUUCUGCACAUUGUUUACCUCUAGUAGAAUAUCUUGUGAUGUGAUCUGUUUGCAGAGUUCUCUGGUAUGUGGUAUUAAAUGUAAAUUAUUUGUACAGAGGCAAGUCAGACCACAUUAGGAAGAAACUCAAGCUCAGACAGAAGCUUUCAGAAUUUGAUCCGUAUCUGCCCUGUACCACUCCACGUGAGGCAGGGGAGCUGACCCACCUCUGGCUGGGAGGCCUGGGGGGGAGGGAGGUGUUGGACAAAACCGUGACAAAUAAAUGAAGGAGUCAAGUGCGUGUACAUGCGGUGUCCCUACAAAACGUGUGUGUUGGGUGAGGGGACCGUCUGUGUUUCUGGCUGCAGAAGGCUGCUCCCGGGCUAAGGGAGAAACACGUCAGUAGCGGGAUGCGGUGUUGGAACCCCGGAGUUGUGCGGUGUUGCUGGUAGUCUGUGAUGGUCGACAGUAAAUAUUUACUGGGCUUAUAGGGACCGGACUAAUCUGAAGUGGGAAUUAUAACUGAAAUACUGUGUAUUCAUAUUAAUUCCACAAACAUUAGCAAGACAGCAAUAGUGAAUGACUUAAUAGUCACUACAAGAAUGAAGUGAUUCAUGUUGGUACAUGAAUAGAAUUGACUUUGUGUACAGGAUGCAUUUAAAAAAAAAAAAAAAAGCACAAUUUUUUCUCAUCUGCUGUGGGUCUUCAGAUGCUGUAAGGCUUUUUCUCCUCAUUGAGGUUGGCAGGAAUUUCCCUAGUAGCAAUAGCCACUUCCCAGUGUGGAGAAGCUGCUGAAGCGAGCGGUGGUCGGAGGCGCGGACGUGGCCCGGGCGGCAGGCGGGGGGCCGCUGCGGUCGGCAGGCCGGUGAGAUAUUGACAGAGAUCAGCUCCAGGAGAGCCCCUCGCUGCUCAUUCCCCUUCACCCCACGCGUCGUUUCAGCCCUUGGACGGGCUGUGGCCCAACCUGUAAAUGUAGGGCAUACUGGAAAUUAAGAUGCUCUUGAAAGAAACUGUUACCGGAGCCAGUACCUACAGGUGGUUCAAGAGUCGUUGGUUUCGCAGAGCUUGAUAAAAGCCCUAGUUUCCUUCCACAAGGUCAUGCUAGCAGAAAACUGUCUGCUAAAAUAUAACUGUUAGGAAUUCCUUUGCUUAAAACGAACUUAUUUUUGUGAAGAUUCAUUACCCGUUAGUCUACAAUAUGCUUCUUGAGCCCAUAGGAAAAGCACAAGGAAAAUUGCUAUCCUUGUCCAUGCAAAGCACUUUAUAAGUAACACAUGAUCUUUAUGUUGUGUUUUCUUUUUUCUUUUUUUCUUUUUUUUUUAAUUGGGGUUUGUUUGUUUUGUUUCAUUUUUUCUGUUUUGUGUCUUUUUUUUUUCCCUGAGGAAUGUGCAAGUUGUUUGGCUGCUGUUUAGAGAAAUCCUUUCAGGAUGCAUUUCUACUGGUUUCCAUGUUUGUUCUUUCCCCUUUGGAUAGCUGUAGUACCAUGUUUGUCUUUCAGAGAUCCCACGUAAUGCUCAUGGAAAACUUUGGAAGAAAUUUGGUUUGUAAAUAAUUGGGAUUUUUUUUUUUUUAUAUAUCUUUUCCUUCAAGAAUGUUUCUGGAUGUCUUGCAUGCCAUCAGAAUCAGUCUUAAAGGUGCCCAGUUGAUGUUUAGUGAGUGGGGAGAUGGGUGGACAAGAACUGAAUGCCCUGUUACAGCAGUGCAAUGAAGGAAGUGAAGUGAAAUGGAGUAACAAAUACAUUCAUGUUCAUUGCACCAAACUUCUUAAGCUUCUCUGUGGUGUCCCAACCACAAGCACAUGCCAUCGGAUGGAAAUGCUAGUACAUGUUCUGUGUGUGUGUGUUGGGACAAACAUCUAGGCAGUCAUGUUGCUUAUCUGGUAUCCAAGAACUAUUUGCAAAUCGGCCUGUAGCCAGUCCCAGCCCCUCAUGAUGUCCUUGCUAACCACGCACGUACCUUCCCCUCUGCCUUUCCUUUUCCGUGCAGUUGGAAGAGGGCUGUGACCUUCACAUCUUCCCUGUUCAGUGUGUGAUCCUUUCCUAUGGCAUAUCUGCUGGAACUGGAACGUUGUAGUGGAGCUUAAACCAAGUGGUGUGAGCACAGAGGCCUGCUUAUUUUGAGAGUAAAUUCUGCAUGAAUGAAGUCCUAUAUGGCCCCAGAUACAAUUAGCUCAGUAGGGUUGGGUUUUUGUUGUUGUUGUUUUCCCUGAACUCAUGCAAGGCAUUAAAUGCAUCCACUUCUGCCUUUUAUGCUUACCUAAAAUCAUCUUUUCUUGUACUGGAAUGCUUCAGCAGCCGAUGAUGAUGCAGAAUAAAUGAGGCCGGGCGCUGCCAUCUUACUGUGGCCUCUCAGCAUCACUUGGACUAGUGCAUGCCCAUCAGAGGCAGAAUUUGGCCUUGAUGAUCUACAAUGAACGAAAUGCUGGCUGUUGAUAAAUACCAUGUCCUUCCACAAAUGCCCCAACAGGGUGGAAAAGAUGCUGAAGGUCAUGCAUAAAUAGGUUUGCUUCUGUGUUUGCCUGGCGAUGUGAACGCAUCCAGAAUUUAGCAGAAUAUCUGGGGAAGCCAGGUCCUCAGAAACCUUACAGUCACGUGUAAGUCAACCUGAGGAUUUGAUCAGUGAAGCGGGGUUAGAUUUAGGGAAGAGGCAUGUAGACAUUUCACACCUUUACAGGCUAUAAAUUGAACUCCCUUCUUAACUGUGAGUACAGCAUGUGUAGCACAAAUUAUUCAUAGUACUGUAGGCAAUGUCUUCUAUCUGUUGAGAAAACCUUUCACCAGUAGCACAAUUUGACAGGCAAAGCUUCUAGGUACAGUCAAGCUUGGUUAAAAACCAGUUGCAUGAACGGACUGUUACGGCAUCGCUUCGAAGGUGCUGGGUGUUUCUGUUACUCCUUUUACAGAGAAGCUUAUGAAACAAACUGUUUACUGCAGCCUUGUUAAUAUGCAUUUGCAGUUCGUGUCUGUUUCGGCAUGCAUUUUUAAGUAUCUUUCGUCAUUGCUUCAUUACCUCCUACCAAGUAAAAAUCAUCAAAAGAGCAGAGAAUUUAAGUUUCGAGGAUGCUAAUGUAGAAGCUAAUAAUUCAGCAGUAAAUAAUGACAAAAUUGUGGAGGGAGGAAACUGUUUUAAAACUGCAGAAUAGAGAGGAUACCAAGAAUGAAUUCAAGUGAAAACUAGCAUGUAUCUUUUCUUCAGAAAAGAGAGCUACCGAGACCCUCUGUGAAAUGGUUUACAUAGGAUUCCCCCCAAAAGUCUUGCAGUUUGCCAAAUGAUCAUGUGCCUUCGCAACCUACCAAGUACAACAGAAUGUAAACCAGGUGCUUUCGAACUAGAGCAGUGGCUUUGGUUUACUUCUGAUGCAGUAGUCUUGUAUAUAGCUGUUAAUAUAGGUAGGCAUUUGGGAGCUGGUGAACUCCUGUAAAGGAGCGAGGAGAGCAGAGAGCAUUCCCCAAAACACCUGCAGUCAUGUCAGAGCUAGGGACUGAAGGAUGCUGAUUCGGUUACAGUAAACCUGCUACUUGAAACCUGCUCUACUGAAAAUUGAGUGAGGUUCAUUUAAUUUAAAUAAAUAAACCCUCCUCCCCCUCCAAAGACACAAAGAUAGUGUCAAAAAAAGGUAAUGUAAAGCUUUGGGUUACACUAUCGUGACAUCUUGGAAUGAGACGGUGGAUGAAAAGUGAGAACUAGAUUAGGAGGAAUUGAUGGCUAGGACUCCUGUAAUCAAAGGCCACGUAUAUCAGGUUGUACAGUGAACUCCCUGGCCUGGAAAGCGCGAUUAAUUUUGCUGUAUGGAAUAUCAUCAGGCUUCCUUAGCUCUUCCUCAGGCCUCUCGCAGUUCCCCAGCAAUGCACAGUUCCUGCACGUUAGCCCUGGGAGAUGAUGGGUGUCGUGUCAGCGAGGGACAGCCAGCGUGUGCCAGUUUGCUCAAGUUUCAGUCUGGUUACAGAGGCUUCUGGCAGUACCUACGCACGGGUGCCAGUUGUAACCUAUUUGUCCAGAAGGACGAAAGAACGGCUUUUGGUGUUAGUGCUUUUUCUUUCGCAGAUCUUUCCCUUUUCUUUUUUGGUGCAAGAUUUUGGAUAUAAUUGUAAAUCUCAGUUAUGUCUAAAUGCACAGUUCGUGCAAAUAUUUGGCUGAUUUUAACUUGGUUUUGUCCCUUUUAGAAAUCAAAGUAUAUUUAAAAAAAAAAAAAAAGGUUUUACUAACAUUGCAGGAACUAUCUGGAAUCCUUUUACCGACUUCAAAUUCUGCACUAAAAGAGUUGGGGGGGGGUUGUCUUUUUUCAAACACAAAAUCACAAAAGUCAUUUCCCUGCUUUGCCAAGAGAAGGGAGCUGAUGGGAGCGCUCAGGAGCUGCUGAAUUACCUAGGCGUGAGCUUUAUGGCGUGGCAGCAGCGGUGUGUUCAGCUCAUCCCGUCUCCUUCAGAGGAGCCGUGGCCUGUGCAGACAUUUAGCCCAGCGUACCGCAUUGGCAGCAGCUGUACUUGAGAAUGAGCCCUGGGUGACAGUGACUUCUGAGUAAAACAGAAAAGCAAAGGAUUACGUGUUCUUUUUUUCGGUUGGGUUUGAAAAAUGGUUCGUUUUGGGUUUGCUAAAUGUCAUUCUGUGUUGCAUUUGUGUAAUCACCCUACUUGAAAAGCAAAUCUGUGUGUGUGUUUGGGAGUGUCAUGGAGCGUUUUAGGAGAAGAAAUGAAGCCCACCACCUGGGCACAGACGUUGGGUCUGGGGGGCAAAAUGGACCAAACUCGGGUGUCGGGUUAUUUUGGGACGGUGAGAGAUUGUGAGGGCAUAAUUUAAAUUAACUCUGUCUAAAAUAAAACGUAAGUGCAAUAAAUGUGCUUUUUUAUUCAAAGCUGUGAACCUUUAGGGGGGGGAAAAAAGGAAAGAAAAAAAAAUGCACAUCAUUCCUCUGUGAGCCUUGUGUCCUACCUGCCUCCCCUUCCUCCCCCCUCUCCGCACUCCUCAACUGACAGAAACCUGCCAGUGGCCGACCUGCAUGUGUUGGUGACCCAGACCACACCACGGCUUUUCCCCCACUCUCACCUGUUGGGACCGGGGAGAAGUCCUGCCCCUAAAACUCCCCUGGGAGCCGGCGCUGACCUGUGCCGCUGGAGCCAGCCCAUGGGGGCUCCGUGCUAUCCCCACUUCACCCCUCAGCCGCAACUCCCCACCCCGUGUCCCAUCUCCUGAGCAUCUCCCAGGGCUGAGCAGUUGGCACAUUAUUCUUCAGCAGUUGCAAAAAGUAAUCAGUCAUCAGCUGCCCGCUGGGUCCCUUUUUUCCCCCCCAUGUCAGCACACACAUGCAGACUGGCCACUGUUGCCUUGUGUGACGCUGCCUUGUUCGGAAGGAGCAGGUGCACCCGUUUGGAAUCAGCCCUGCACAAGUUGCACUCUCUCUUUCUUACUCGAGUGCGCGCAGCUUUUCCUGGGUGAGGAAAGGUGCAGCAGGCUGGGGGGCUUCCCCGGGAGGCUUAACGCAUGGGCAAGCGAUGGAAGGUGGAGCACUCGGUCAUCAGACCCCACGGGGGCGUAAGAAAGGACUGGCUCGUUUAAAGUUUAUAGACAAACAGAUCUAUAUCCUUUAAACUUGAUUAUUUUUAUAUAUAGUCAAGACAAUGGCAUUACCUCAUAAUACAGAGGCUCGUUUAUGAGAGGCAAAGUAGUAAGGAGAGGAAAGGGAAAUUUAUAUACAGAUUUGAUUUCUUUUUUUGUUUCUUAGUGCAAUGACGUGUAUGUCCCAACAACUUAAACUCUGUGCUAACACAACAUUCCUUUCAGCUGUAUUCUCUUUGACCACCGGAGGUUUGCAAGGGGCUUAUGACUGCAAAGUAGAAGGUCCAGUCUGAUUACUUAAAAAAAAAAAAACAAAAACACAAAAAAAAAUUGUGUUAGUAGAUUUCCAUAGCUGCUUUUUAAAAUCUUACAAUGGAGUAAUUGUUUUGAAACUUGUAUUUAUUUUUUAAUUCAUAACAAAAUGUUUAUUUUCAGUUUUCUGUUACGUAUAGGUCAUGGCAACUCCCCUUCUUUCCCUCUCACGUUUCCCCUGUAAUUGCCAAUACAACUUACUUUUCUUGUUUGUUCCUUCCCCCCUUUACUUUUGUUGUCCCUUCAUUUGUAUUUUGGAGUUUUUCUCAUGUAAAUUUGUACAAUGGGAAAUAUUGUCCAGUUUGGUUAGAGAGCAUGGAGACUUAAAACAUAAUAAAAUUUGAUAGCUGAAUUCAGAUUGAAGAAAACUAUUUCUGUGUAAAGUUAUUUAAAGAACUCUGUAUUAUAUAAAAGGCAAAAAGUUCUAUGUACUUGAUGUGAAUAUGAGAAUACUGCUAUAAUAAAGAUUGACUGCAUGGAAAA